AUGUAAAAGUUCAACUGUAGAUGUGAGAUGUUUCUAGAUUUAGUUUUGGUGGGUCUUGCUGUCAGACUUUGAAAUUGUAAAAGCGCAACUUGAUUUGAAACAUGAACGACGACACUGUGGACUUCAGACAGCUCGAGAAAGAGUUUGCUGCGGCAGUAGCAGCCGACGAAAAGUAUCAACGUGAGAAUGAUGCUAAAUUUCGCGCCAUUCAUCAAAAAGUAGGAACAUACGAGGAAUUCCGAGACAUUGUAAGAGCAUCUCAUCUGAAGCCUCUUGACAGAAAGGAUAUACUGUCAACAGAGAGAAAACAACCGUGGAAUUGUGUUGCUGUUAGUGGAGGAUCCGGAGCCAUUGCGUCGGGAUCAUUGGAGGGUCCUGCUGAUACGAUAGUGACAACAAGAACUGGACAACUGCCGCAGACGUCCAGUGAAUUUAACCGCCAAUGGAGACAAUGUAAAACAGAAAGGGACAAGUCAAGCUUUCUGUUGUACAUCGGAGGCCAGCAGCUACUGAAAAUAUUCAGAACGGAAAUCAGCUUUGGCUUGUUAGGAGACAUGAUGACAGCCAUGAACAAAUCGUUUGAAUCAGACAAUGCAAAGACGGUUGUUGAUAUACUGGAAUGUCUUAGUCAGACCGGACGCUUUUCGCUAACGUGUCAGUUUCUGAGCAGCAAUGAAAAAUUUGAGAUUUCAAGGUUAUUUGAAAAACUUGAGACGACAAGCGAAGCAGAACUUUCAAGACUUAGAGAAACGUAUCUAGGGAACUAAAGUUGCAAUAUGUAGUUGUGGAGAUAUCCGGUAGGACUGAACAUGUAAGCACUCAAGAUUGAUAUUUAUUAGUGACGAACCUUGAGUCGUCUAUGACUAUGACUCGAUAGAAGCAGCUUACGUUUUUGUAUCUUUUCUGAAAGACUGAGCUCAAUUAUAGAGCCAGUCAAUAUUUAUGUUUAAAUCAAAAUCUUUGAUUAAUG